AUGUGUCCAACCUCCACCGUCAGCUUAAUGCAUCGCUCGCCCUGUUCCACAUCUGCGCCAUUGCGAUCGAGUCAGAAGUCGGCGGCCCAGACGAGUGCUAAUAGUGACUCACUUUCAGACAAAUUCUCUGCCGCGCUUGCCAAGAACAAGGAAUGGGCUGCGAAGUGCUCCCAAGAGCACCCUGAGCUGCUUCCCACACUUGCUGUCGGUCAACACCCGGAAAUUCUGUGGAUCGGCUGCUCCGACUCCCGCUGCCCCGAGACCACCAUCUUAGGCCUUCUGCCCGGUGAUGUCUUCACCCACCGUAACAUUGCCAACGUGAUCCACCCUGCCGAUCUCAGCUCGGGCGCCGUCAUCGAGUUUGCCGUGCGUCAUCUUCGCGUUAAGCACGUCGUAAUCUGCGGUCACACCAAGUGCGGAGGUGUGGCCGCUGCCCUGGGCAACAAAGGCCUGGGCAUCCUCGACCCCUGGCUGAUUCCUCUGCGUCAGCUCCGUGAGCAGCACCUCGCUGACCUGCAAUCUCUGUCCCAGGACGAGGCCGUCGUCAAGCUGGCCGAGUUGAACGUCAAGGAGGGCCUGAAGGCAUUGACGCAGAAGAGCGUCGUGCUGGAGGCGAUGCAGGAGCGAGGCCUUCAGGUGCACGGGCUCAUCUACGAUGUCGGAUCUGGCGUCCUUCGGGAGCUGGACGCCGCUGAACCCGAGGAUGCGAUCAAGGCACGGUUGACAUCGUUCAAGACCGAUGCUUAG